GAUCUUCAGAUGUUUUUUAAGAUGAAACUCGUUAAGAUGAAACUCGUUAGUGAUGCUCGUUAACCAUUUUGAGGAUCUUCAGAUGUUUUUUAAUGAAUGAAACUCGUUAAGAUGAAACUCGUUAUGAUGAAACUCGUUAGUGAUGCUCGUUAACCUAUUUGUGGAUCUUCAGAUGUUUUUUUAUGAAUGAAACUCGUUAGUGAUGCUCUUUAGCCUGUUUGUGGAUCUUAAGAUGUUUGUUUUUAAUGAAUGAAACUCGUUAAGAUGAAACUCGUUAAGAUGAAACUCGUUAGUGAUGCUCGUUAACCAUUUUGAGGAUCUUCAGAUGUUUUUUAAUGAAUGAAACUCGUUAAGAUGAAACUCGUUAUGAUGAAACUCGUUAGUGAUGCUCGUUAACCUGUUUGUGGAUCUUCAGAUGUUUUUAAUGAAUGAAACUCGUUAAGAUGAAACUCGUUAAGAUGAAACUCGUUAAGAUGAAACUCGUUAGUGACGCUCGUUAACCUGUUUGUGGAUCUUCAGAUGUUUUUAAUGAAUGAAACUCGUUAAGAUGAAACUCGUUAUGAUGAAACUCGUUAGUGAUGCUCGUUAACCUGUUUGUUGACCCAGCAGCAGGUCUUCACCAUGACUCAGAACCUGCAGACGGUCUUGGUACUUCAGGGUCUGAACGAUUCGCUGACUAACCGUCAGCUGUACUUCACGCUCGCCCUGACGUCGUACGUGUUCACGGUGUUGGUGAACGGGACGCUGAUGGCGGCCGUGUGCCUGGACAAGGCUCUGCACCGGCCCAUGUACGUCUUCCUGUGUAACCUGUGCUUUAACGGGCUCUGCGGAGCYUCUGGGUUCUACCUGAAGCUUCUCCUGGACCUCCUGUCCGACGCUCACGUCAUCUCGUACGUCGGCUGCGUGACGCAGAUUUUCGUCACCUACACCUACGUCUUCUGCCAGUUCAGCAGUCUGACCGUCAUGGCGUACGACCGGUACCUGGCCGUCUGCCAGCCGCUGCGUUACCAGGCUCUGAUGACGGCCCAGCAGGUGGCGCUGCUGCUGCUGCUCACCUGGUUCUUCUCGCUGCUGGAGACCGUGGUGGGCGUGGCCCUGGUMGUCCGGCUGCCGCUCUGCAGCCGCUCCAUGCCCAGGAUCUUCUGCACCAACUGGGAGCUGGUGAAGCUGUCCUGCUCCGACGCGAGCGCCAACAACCUGUACGGCUUCGUGCUCAUGGUCCUGCACCUGACGCAGACCGCGCUCAUCCUGCUCUCCUACGGCCACCUGGUCCAGACCGCCGUCCGCUCUCCGUCCGGCCGCAGGAAGUUCGUCCAGACGUGCGUGCCGCACCUGGUGUCGCUGCUCGUCUUCUCCGCCUCGCUGCUGUUCGACAUGCUCUUCUCUCGUUACGGUGGCGGCCACAUGGCGGCGCUGCAGAACGCGCUGGCCGCAGAGUUCCUGGUGGUCCCGCCCAUCGUCAACCCCCUCAUCUACGGUGUGAAGCUGCAGCAGAUCAGGACCCGGAUCCGCCUCUGGAUCACCAGCAGGCAGCAGGGGCCGCCGUAGAGCGACACCAGGGGCAAAAAUAAAAACUGAAAAAUAAAUACUUUUUGUUUUUACUGAAAAUUAUAUUGUUUUCAAAAUAAAAGUUUUUUAAGUUCAAUUUAAAAGUUUUUAUUUUAAUUUAAAUCUAAACUGCUGACAGGAAGU